AUGACUCUCACCUGUUAUUACUUGGAUGACUCCUCUGCCGACCCCCGCCUUCCCCAUGACUCUGGGAGGCCCGUGGACUACUCCCACGUCCUUGCCCUUGGGGUCGAGCACUGGAACGUUCCCGUACCAAGCGACGGUAAAUAUGUGAUAGUUGACCACAUCAUGGAACAGCGGGGCUACCACUACCAUGAUUUCGUCACUCUAAACAAGGAGACGCUGGGAGAAGCUCUCGAGUCCGUGCUCGAUGGGUUCUAUGAAGAACACAUGCACGAGUUCGAAGAAGCUAGGUACAUCCUUUCUGGACACGGAUACUGGGACAUUCGUGAGCACCCCACCGAGACAUGGAUCCGCUUCAAGGUUGGUCCCGGUGACCUUGUCAUCCUUCCCCCUGGCAUGUUCCACCGCUUCACGCUCGACGAGAAAUCCGACCUAUCUUCGAUGAGAAUGUUCCUGGAAACGCCCUCUCGCCACGCCCUCCCCCGCGGUAAAGUUGCAGACGAGAACCCCUACAGGGUUGAUUACCUCAAGACGAUUGCCGUUCUCUAA